GUGAGAGGGAAAGGGAGAGAGAGAGAGAGGGAUCACAUCGAAGCAGGAGUCGAUCUGAUAAGCAUCAGAGUGAGCAUGAUGAAAGAGAGAGGAGUCAUGACAGGGAGUACAAAGAAAGAGAAAUGGAAAGAGAGUUGAGGGAACGAGACAGAGAAAGCAGAUAUGCUAGAGCAAUCUUCAGAUGGUCUUUCUGGCAAUUGCGCCAGGCACAGGAACUCAGGUCAUGGGUUCUUGAUGUUCCUCUUGAACUUUCUGGAAUCUCUCCAAAAGUUUGCAUUUGCAAGAUUAGAGGUUUUGGUGUGGGAGAUUUUGACCAUGGUGGUGAUGUCAUGCUAUGAUUUUUGUUAUCCUCCACCUUCGAACUCAGUAGCUUAAUUGUAUUUAUUCUGUUGCAGAAAUGCUGGUGAGGGAGUGAUGGGCUUUGCUUAAGAGAAGCACCUCAUCUUCUGAUUCCUGUGGGGAAUUUAAUGUUCUGCAUUAUUCUGUUGCAUAUUUUAUAGUUUGAUAUAUUUUCGAUAUGUUCGGUUGCCUGUCUUGAAGAUUUAGCUUUAGAUGACCAUGGUUUUCCUAUUCAUGUCCUCAAAGGUGCAUUCACCAUUAUUUUUUUUUAUAAGAAAAAUGAUCUUUGCUCUGAUACCAUGUGAAAUUUUCACCUGUCCCAAAAGCUUAACCUUAUUCCCACAGAUAGAAAUUCACCAUUAUUGAUGCUGACUCGAUGUUGUAAGUCUUAAUUUUUUAAAUUUUAUUAUCAGUAAUUUUUUUUUUUUUUUUAAAAAAAGUCUAAUUUUAAAAUUCAUUGCAGGUUCUUUUCACUAGUCAUUGCCUCUGUCUCUUUUCAAAUUAUAGAUUCCUUGAAAUCAAUUUUUGCAAUUAAAAUGGUUUCAUAUUUUGUACCUAACUUUGUUUGGCCUUCAUACUUUCAUUACAAGCGCUUGCAUUUUGUAACAAGAAACUUUUACAUUUGUCAUAUAGUAUCGUAUAUUCUUCUAGUCUAAGCCUUCGCUAUAAGCGUCAGUUAGGUUUCAUUGGGUUGCAUAUCUUGCAAGUCCACAAAUUUUAUCUGCUUUGUGGAAUAUGAGCUUUUAACAGAUUCCAAAUUAAUGCAAUUAGGUCCUUGGUACUGCCUUCAAUACAACAUGAUGAUGCUGUUUCCAUUUAUGAUUAUGUUGGUCUCAAUGUUUUCAUUACCUUUAAUUGCCUCAUCUAUAUCCAGACGAUAUAAAGAGAAAAAGGAGGAAGGAACUGAACCAGAGGCUGAUCCUGAACGGGAUCAGAGAACAGUAUUUGCUUACCAGAUAUCUUUGAAGGCCAAUGAAAGAGAUGUGUACGAGUUCUUCUCAAGAGCUGGCAAGGUGCGAGACGUACGCCUUAUAAUGGAUCGCAAUUCAAGGCGUUCCAAGGGAGUUGGGUAUAUUGAGUUCUAUGAUGCAAUGUCCGUCCCUAUGGCUAUAGCACUCUCUGGUCAGCUUCUUCUUGGUCAACCAGUUAUGGUGAAGCCAUCAGAAGCUGAAAAGAAUCUGGUCCAGUCAACUACAGUUGUAGCUGGUGUAUCUGGUGGGCUUAUAGGCCCCUAUUCAGGUGGGGCUCGAAGGCUUUAUGUUGGCAAUCUACAUUUCAACAUGACUGAAGCUGAUCUUCGUCAGGUUUUUGAAGCAUUUGGUCAAGUGGAGCUGGUGCAGUUGCCUCUUGAUGAAACUGGACAUUGCAAGGGUUUUGGCUUUGUCCAAUUUGCACGCCUUGAGGAUUCUAGAAAUGCACUGAGUCUGAAUCAACAGUUGGAGAUUGCGGGUCGGCUUAUCAAGGUUUCAGCUGUUACUGAUCAAACUGGACUGCAAGAUAUUGGAGCCAAUUCUGGUGAUUUUGAUGAUGAUGAAGGAGGUGGCUUGUCGCUAAAUGCACGCUCUCGAGCACUUCUCAUGCAGAAGUUGGAUCGCAGCGGCACUGCAUCUGGAAUUUCUGGUUCUGUUGGCACUCCUGCUGUCAAUGGCACUGGCCUUACUUUACCAAUGGCACCUGUCCUAGGGGCUGCUCCUGUGGUAUCUCCAGGAGUUGCUCCCCUUCCUUCUAUUCCUGCUCUUGCUGGACUUGGUGUAGGCCUUCAAGGUCCCAUUGCUACCAUGCCAACUGUUGAUACAAUAGGUGUUCCAAGCGAAUGCUUAUUAUUGAAGGAUAUGUUUGAUCCAAAAAUUGAGACGGAACCCGAUUUCGAUUUGGAUAUAAAAGAAGAUGUUCGAGAAGAAUGUUCGAAGUACGGAAAUUUGAAGCAUAUUUUUGUAGACAAGCACAGUGCUGGUUUUGUGUACUUACGAUUUGAGAACACACAAGCUGCAGCCGCUGCACAGCGUGCUCUCCAUGGAAGAUGGUUUGCUGGAAAGAUGAUUACUGCAACAUACAUGCUGCCCCAGGCAUACGAGACUAAGUUCCCUGACAGCAGAUAAGAUUCCGGAUUUGCAGCAGAGAAGUCUAAUGAGUAGCCUGUAUACCCUCUAAUGCUGCCUUUUAUUAUUUGCUCCAAGUUGUAGGUAAAAUGGCAUUUGCUUAUCUUCAUUUGGGAGAGAGAGAGAGAGAGAGAGAGGGAGAGAACAUUGUGUAUGAUAUGUAGGUAUCCUCAGCUGACUGAGUGCGGAUUGCCAAUAGCCAAAGAUUGUGAAAAGAAGUCUGAGUUACAUGGAAUGUAAUUGUUAUUGCUAUUGCCGUUUGCACAAAAUCAAGGGAGUUACAUUUGUAGGCCUACUUGGCGCUUUCUUUUAUUAUAUAAAGGUCGUUGGCCGGCGGUAUACAAAAAACUGGCCAUGAUUGAA